AAAGAGCCAAAGACAUUUAAAUAUUUUAAUUAAAAAAUAAAUAUCUUUCAAAAAUAAAAUAUUUCUGGAGUUCGAUUAAAAAGCGGCCUGAAUUCUGGCCCGAAAAGGAGUCGGAUUUAAGCCCAAAUCUGUGCUUGUGGCUCAAAUUCCCGCGCAUUUCUCCUACUUCUCAUCGGCCAUUUGAAUAUCUGAUAAUAGGUGAUGACCGGAAAAUUGGAACCCUAGCUUUUACAAUGGAAAUCGAUGAAGAUAGGAGCGAUGUCGAGAAAGAAGAAGAGGAAGAAGAUGAUUCAAUUUCCGAUCUCUUGAGGGAUCGGUUUCGACUCUCUGCCAUUUCCAUCGCCGAAGCUGAAGCGAAGAGAAACGGCAUGGAGAUUUCUGAACCAAUAGUAGCUUGUAUUUCCGAUUUGGCCUUCAAAUACACUGGACAGCUGGCUAAGGACCUUGAGCUAUUUGCACACCAUGCUGGUCGGAAAUCUGUGAACAUGGAAGAUGUCAUAGUUUCUGCUCAUAGAAAUGAACAUUUAGCUGCAUCAUUGAGGUCCUUUCGCAAUGAGCUUAAAGCAAAAGAACCCCAAUCUGAAAGGAAGAGGAAGAAAGGAUCUAGAAAGGACGACAAGGCUACUGCCAGUGUGGUGCAUAUUCCUGAUCUUUGAUUCUAUAUUUCUACUGAUAGAAGAGUUGUUUUUAGAUGUUGUGGAUAAACAACUCUAUCUGCACAUUAAUGGUGGACACUACUUAUAGUUAAUACACACUUUUGUUGAAAGGUAAUUCAAGUUGUACUAUGAUAUAUUGCUCUUCGGCUGUUAAUGUGGGAUUUCUAUCCUGAAACUUCACAGUUGCUGAAGCCUGAUACAGCUGGCAGAAGGUUACUUUGUGGCCAUUGAUAAACUUCAUUGAGUGUCAGCUUAUUCUGGGAUUCAUAACUUCAUUGCCCUUGGAAGUACUAGUCAAAGAAGAGAUAAAUUUCCUUUGACGCUCGAUUCUUUCCUUGUGGUCCAUGGAAAAUUUAAAGUGGUGACUAAGGCCCCAUUUGGUUCAGCUUUUACCUUCAGUACGGCGCAAAUUUAUCACUUCUUCAUUCAAUUCGCACCGUAGCAUCCAUUCGAAUAAUCGAAGAUCAGUGCUAAUGUUGUCUUUUUUUCUUUUUUUUUUUUAUUCUUAAUUUAUUUUGAAGAAAAUAUUAUCUGUUUAAGUUCUCUCGAAUCUAUAAUUUUUAAAUGUUAAUUUUAAUAAUAUACCAAUUAAUUUAAAGAAUAAUCGGCAGUGUUUUUGUUGUCUUUUAAUCACAUUGAAACCCAAAAUUUGUAUCGCGUUUGUUGCCUUUGAAUUGCAUUGAAACCCAAAAUUUGCAAAGGAAGAAGAAGCUCCUGUGAAGAUUUCCCUCCUCCGAACGCAGCCCCCUCUCAU